UCAACAAAUGAAAUUUGUUUCUCGCGGUAUGCCUAUAUAACCAAAGCAAAUUUAGCUUUUGGCGGGGGGAAUUUUGGGAUCGCAAGCAUUAAGAUACGGCCAUUCUAAUGGAGUACAUAUAUUAGUCUAUAUCGUACAUCAUCUGUCAAUCAAAGCUAAGCCGAGCGCGGCUUUUGGCCUGGGCGCAUUUCUUCGCAUUAAAAUUAAUGUUUAUACACAAAAACGAAUUUCUCGGUCAAUCAAAGUAUUCAGUCAGAAUGUAAAGUCUGGAAAGCUCGAUAGGAAUUAGCAAGAAUGGAUCAAAAUUGUCUUUCGACGUGAUAUGUCAUCCAUGUAAAAACAAACCCGACAUGUCAGCUACAACUAUUUUACUAGUGAAGAUAUCUCUAGUAUUGGCAGUAAUCGCUGGACUAGCUCUACUCGCCGAAACACAAGGCAUCCUGGUGCCUAAGAUUGGAGACAUCCAGACUCAGGUCACGUGUCAAGGCAAACGCGCGCGCAUACGGUGUAACAAUGAUUCGCUGGUCAUCGUGAUCUACACGGCGUCUUACGGGCGGCAAGAGAAGGGUCAGAUCAUCUGCCCGUACGACGAGGACCUCAAGACCGUAGAGGGCGUGAAUGGCGACACGAGGGACGACUACUGGGGCAGCUGUAAAAUGGUGGACGUGACGAAGCAGCUGAGUGAAGCCUGUCACAAGAAGAAAAAAUGCGGGAUAAACGUCGGGCAAGAGAAACUGGGACAGCCAUGCAAGGGCAUCUACAAGUACUUGAAGGUCAUCUACGCCUGCGAAGUCAGAGUCGGUCCUCCUCCUACUUCUCGCCCAAAAAAAACCAAGCGACCAAGCCAACGGAAGAGCACGCCCACGGUUCUCAUGACAACGCAAGUGACAAGGGAUCAGACACCGCUGGCAAACAUUUCGUCCGCACCGCCGACUCGAGUCAUUCUCGCUAGUCAGAUGAGUAAGCCUACAACCUUACGUAACGAUAAACCGCGGAAAACUGUUGCUAAGAGUAAACCUACGUCACCCGUAACACAACAUAUACCGACCAAACCGGGUUCGACAAAACCGUUAAACAGUACCGAACCUGUUUUACCUGUUACGGAGGCACCGACGAAAAGGCGUAAAGGUAAAAACGGGAGCAAACGGCGAAAGAGACGUAAAAAGAAAAAGAGAACAGAACCGCCGACCGUGACGUCUGGGACAAAUACAAAUAUGACGAAGUCUCCAUUCUCCUCUCUUUCAAAUGCUCUUUCCACAAUUGCUUCCAUAAUCACCUCAAACCCAUUCACCAAACCGAUGCCAUCCUAUAAAUCGAACAGACAUGAUGGAACAAACUCUUCUACUGAAAUCGUUGGAGCGAACAUGAACUUGUCUAGUCUGACCACAGUGUACCCGACUGUAACUCGUAAAAUAUUUACUGAUCAGAUGAUCAAACAGAAUUCCACGUAUUCGAAAAAUGUGACCGAGAGCAUCAUGCGUACAAGGGACCUGGUACCAUCAGAAAAUUCCUCUACCUACGUUGCCGUUUUUGUUGUGAGCGCCCUCUGCGCUGCGCUUAUCAUGGGCGCCAUAUUUGGUCGGUGGAUUUACCUCAAACGUCGCACAAAAUCUCAGAAGUUUGCAGUUCUUCACAAACCCAAGCGAUUUCUCAAGACGCCUUCCACAGACGGGAAGCCUGGGCAGAAUGGCCACAGUAGGGGAAGACCGCUGGACAUGAACAUGAAUGGCGGAGAAGGCUCAGGUCUUAGGACGGGAGACUUGGUGGUGACGACCGCUGAUGUUGAUGGCGGGCUCAAUAAGCAUGUUAAUAUUGAAAACUAUGGUGAUAACGAAGAACAGCAGGUUCCGAAAGGAGACAACUCCAGUUUCUACGUCAACCCAAUGUACGACCAAAACCGCCCUAACGGGGGUGCUGUGUGUUCUCGUGUCGAACAGCCUGGGAACCAGCGUCACGACACUCAUCGGCUGAGUAACGCUUCCGAUGGGCGCGCAGGGGUUUAUGGAUCACCGGUGAAGACUCCGACAAGUCCUAGUGCCAAGCAGAGGCAAAGGUGCAACAGCGUGGGCAACAUAGCACGUGGUGGUCACCAUCACCAUGGCAACAUGCAAAGACGUCAUCCUAGUGUGGGAAACGUCUCCUCCAAUAGGAAUGCAGAUCACGUGGCUAAUAGUAGCGCUCCGCGGGGAGGCUCUCAGCAUCAGAACUUGCUGUACAAUGCGCCACAGAUACAGCCUUACCAAGGCCACCCCCAAGGGUACCCACCACAGGGGGACGGUAAGGCUGGGGUCACAUAUCCUCAGCAGGUCCCAUCCGGGGGCACACACCCACUAGCCAUGCCCCAGCAGGGCCCCAGCCUCAGAGGAUGCAUGCAGCGUCCAUCUGUUGGCUCCAUCGGGGCACCAGGGAAUCCGCAGGGGAAACUCCCGAUGCCCGGGAUGCGCCCUCCGAGCCCGUAUGAGUACGGUAACACCGAAAAGAACCUAGCGCCGCAGCAGAACAAUUCCAGGGCGCAGUCUUUACCGAGACUAAAUGUCGGAGUGGCACAAUCCCGUAUGGCCGGGCAGCAGCAGCAUGACGGGUCACCGUCUUCGGGGUACCCACCGACCCCCGGGGGGUCACGGCACUGGCACGGAGGAGCACCAGUAUCGACGGACCCCAAGAAUACAGAAUACGCAAAUUACAACGGGUACCAAAGUGGGAAUAGCAAUGAGAUGCGAGACACAGUCGAACCCCUCGCGAACAUUCGAUACCACCCCCGCAAGAUCAGCUCACGCUACUAACACGCCAGUAACCGGAAACCGGAUUGUAUACGUUACUUCCGGGAAAUACCUGAAAUGGUUACCGGAAGUGGGUAUAGAUGCAUCAUGGGAUCGGUAACAUGAAAUAGUAAACUGAGAAGUUAAAAGAGGAAGUAGAAGUUUUGUGUGUUAACUGAUGUCUAUAUGGAGUCUACGAAGGUGAUAUUUACUCACCCCCAAACACCUGUUUGGAAAUCUGAAAAAAAAAGUAGAACGAUUGAACUGUUUUUGAUAAAGUGUCCUAAAUGCAUUUUACAAGAAUUUGUAUUAGUUAGCUUCUCAUAACAACAGGAAGCUAGCCAUAGAAGAGGAAUAUAACCCGGAUGUGAUUUUUACUGUUAUAUUAUGACGUCCCGGAAGUUAGCUUUACAGUAUCAUCGCGAUGUCCCAAAAGUUAGCUUUACAGUAUCAUCGCGAUGUCCCGGAAGUUAGCUCUAAAGUAACAUGGUAACGUACCGAAAAUUAACUUUAAAGUGACGUCAUGAAAUAUAGAAGUCAUGGCGUACUGGAGUAAGUUUAAAAACUCUAUUGCACGCAAAUGUCUUCACGACGGCUUAUCUCAGCAAUAUUCAAAGAUUAUGACUUGCAUUUUCUUGGUUAGGAGGUAAAAUAAAAUAUAAAAAUGCCGCAAUAUAAAUAGUGUUUUAAAACGAAAAAAAAUCGCACAUCGUAAGGCAGUGCGUCACAAGUUGUGGGUGCCCUGUGGGUACCUUGAUCGUCUGGCACAUUUUUAAAGAGAGGCCGAAUCACUGCCAUCGCGAUUUACAGAUGGACCAUGGUCUAUCAAUGCCGACCAUGGUCCAUCUGUACAGGUGACCGUAUGGGAAAUUCUUUAUGAUCAACAAUAAGAGAAUUGGGAACAUGGUCGCUUUGGAGGUUCAUCCGAUCUACAGAAGACAACACAGUUGCUCAUGAAUAGGUGGCCAGCAGCAAUUCAGUGACGCACUCACGCAUGCACGUGUUCUUUGUUACAAAGCUUUUAUCAUUAGAGAUAGCAAGAGAACAUAUAGCUUAAUCAUGAAUUUUGUAAAAGUUCGUUUGUAUUGAUUUUUUAUACUUUAGGAGAAUAUCACAAUCAUGCACGCAAGAGUUGGCACUAGUAGCACAUGUGUUCAGGCUGCCUGUGUUGGGGGUGGACUGGAUACCCAUUAAGGGCUGUUGCUGUUCUGGUUAUAAAUAAAAAGUUCUCUUGGUA